AUGAGGCCGCACACGUGUCUCUACGUCGCCUACGGGCUGAGUCUGGGUCUGGGCCUGCUCUGCCUGGUCUUUGUGAUCAGCUGGAACUCUUACUGGAGAGGCGGCUUCUCCUGGGACGCGUCGGCCCAGCAGUUUAACUGGCACCCCGUCCUCAUGGUGUCUGGGCUGGUGGUUCUGUACGGUAACGCUGCUGUUGUGUAUCGUCUACCGUUCACCUGGGGGCAGAGGAAGUUCACCUGGAAGCUGGUGCACGCUGGACUCAUGCUACUGGCUCUGGUUCUGUCGAUCCUGGGCCUGUGCGCCGUGUUUGACUUCCACAGAGGUUUGCAGAUCCCUGACCUGUACUCUCUGCACAGCUGGGUGGGCAUCUGCACCGUGGUCACGUUUGCAUUUCAGUGGGUCCUCGGCUUGGCUGGAUUCUUGCUCCCUUGUUCUCCCUGGUGGUUCCGUAUCAUCCUGAAACCUUUCCAUGUCUGGUUGGGAAAAGCCAUCUUAAUCCUCAGUCUGGCCUCCUGCAUCAGCGGCCUCAAUGAGGCCCUGCUUCUCACACUUAAUGGAGCUGAACCUUACAGCUCACUGCCUGUUCAAGCAAAGUUUGCAAACUUCCUCGGCGUCCUUAUCGUGGCUUUUGGGAUUAUUGUGUUUGGAAUCUUGUCCAAAACCAAAUGGGAGCGACCGGAAACAGACGAAAAUGCUUAUCCUCUGCUCGGUGAAAACAUCUCAUGAAGACCGUGGCAUCGAGAGCCCACUGUGUGCAGAGUAACUUCAAAAAAAGUGAAGGGAUUUCUGUGUUGCCGGAGAAUAAUAAAGGAAUAUUACUACCCGUC